AAAAAGAGAAAAUGAGUUUAAAUGAAGUGAAAAACAGGCCUAAGAAAGCUCCUCAUGCAGUGGUGAUACCAUACCCAGCUCAAGGCCAUAUUAAGGGUAUGUUAAAGAUGGCCAAGCUCCUACACCACAAGGGCUUCCACGUCACCUUCGUCAACACCGAGUUCAACCACCGCCGCUAUCUCAAGUCCCGAGGCCCCCGCGCCAUGGACGGAGUCCCCAGUUUCCGGUUCGAGACCAUUCCAGAUGGACUCUCGCCUUCUAAUGUGGACGCCACUCAGGAUUUGCUGGCACUCAGCCAGGCCAUUCGAACGGUUUUCCUUCCUCCGUUCAUGGAUCUCAUCCGAAGGAUCAACCGAGACGGAUUGUGCCCUCCGGUAACGUGUAUACUCUCCGACGGGAUCAUGCCGUUCGCUAUUGAUGCGGCGGAGCAACUAGGGAUCCCGGUGGUGAUGCCGUUCGCUAUUGUUACAAAUUUAAUUAACGAGAGUGAGCUGACUGAGGAGUAUUUAAACACUAAAGUGGAUUGGUUACCCGGAUUCGACAACCUUCUAAUCCGUGACCUACCCGCCUUCUUCCAAACAACCGAUCCGAACCACCCAAUCUUUCACUUAGCCAUGGAAGCAGCCGAAGCAGUCCCCCGAGCAUCCGCGCUGGGCAUUGAAACCUACGAAUCCCUCGAGCCUAAAAUUCUCAAUCACCUCUCCGCCAAAUUCCCAAAGGUUUUCGCCGUGGGUCCUCUCCAAUUACUCCUCAACCGAAUCUCGUCCACUUCAAACUCGCCUUAUCUAGACUCGGUCGGGUAUAACAUGUGGGUGGAGGCGCCAGAAUGCCUAAAGUGGCUGGAUUCCAUGUGUGACAAAACGGUGGUAUUUGUGAACUUCGGUAGCAUCACUCCCGUGACUCCGCAACAAUUUAUUGAAUUCGCGUGGGGUUUGGCCAACAGCAAGCAGCAUUUCCUGUGGAUCAUCAGGCCCGAUAUGGUUAUAGGGGAAUCCUCUGUUCUUCCUCCGGAGUUCUUAGAAGAGACGAAAGGGAGAUCUAUGAUCGCAGGCUGGUGCGAUCAGGAUGAGGUUCUAAACCACCCGGCAGUGGGAGGAUUCUUAACACACAGUGGGUGGAAUUCGACCAUUGAGAGCUUGUCAGCCGGUGUGCCGAUGAUUUGCUGGCCUUUCUUUGCGGACCAACAGACAAAUUGUAGACAUGCUUGUGAGGAAUGGAAGGUGGCUCUACAGAUUGAUAAUAAUGUGAAGAGAUUUGAAGUAGAGAAGCUUGUGAAUGAUUUAAUGGAGGGGGAGAAAGGGAAGGAGAUGAGAAGUAAUGCUUCGGUGUGGAAGAAGCUGGCAGAGGCAGCCACAACUGAAGAUGGGUCAUCAUCCAUUAAUCUCGACAAGCUCAUAAGUGUCUUACUGUCCCAUGUCUAGCUUUUACUUUUAUAUAAAUAAAUAAGGUGUGUGGUUUGAGAUCGGUGUAAUUUAUUUAA